UCUGUGGCGCUUUUCAUUCGAAAACGCUUUUCUCUUAGAAAGAAAAUCUAGGAGAAAACAAAUAUCUCCAUGUUUUUGCUGGCUAGCUCCAUAUUUCCCGCGUUUCUUUAACUCUGUUAAAUCGGCCUCCCUGUAUGCUAAGGAGUUAGCUAAACGUUAGCUAGCUUAUCAGUUGGUUCCUCCGGGUUGAACUGAUGUCUGUCCGGCGGGUUCUGGUGGGCUGUACGGUGUUGUCUCUGCAAGAUGCCUGUGUGUUUUAUCCCUGCUGCAAAGGCUGCUUCUCCCGGAUCGAUGCUGAACAGAGAGACACCUUAAGGUACAGGUGCUUCAGGUGUGACUACAGGUGUCUGAAGGAUCAGGUGGACUACAGAUACCGUCUCUCACUGCGAGUGAUCCGGGAUUCAUCCACAUUUAAUGUAACAGUGUUUGGAAAUAGUUUGAACUCCUUUUUUGGCAUCGAUGCAAGUGGAUUACAGAGGUUAGCUGAAAGUUCGGAGGGACCCAUCGGACCAUCAGCAAGAUCCACAUUGUUGGCAAAAGCAGUUGAAGAUUGUUUCCUCGGUAGAUACUUUAUCUUUGGUAUAAAGGUGAGCGGAACAGAACGGGAACCCUGGCUCGAAGAAAAUGAUGGAACUGAGUCUGGCAGAGGAGGGAGAGCCCAGUUUGUUGCCAGUCAGAUGAUUCUUCCCCCAGGCUCAGGCCUGACGGGCUGCACCGUGCUCAGUUAUUAUCAGCGCCUCCUACAAAGAGCUGCGGAGUCUGCCGAUCCCGGCAGACAGUCUGCAGCCCCCCUGCUGCUGACUUCUGGCCCUUCUCCGAGCAGCACCCUCAGAAACGUCACUCUGUAUUCUUCAGGUCAUCUGUCCCAGGCGCUGCUUCGUUUCCAACAUCAGAACCAGUCAUUUACUUCCACCUCUCCGUGGCAGCAGUCGCUUGGACUGGUGACGUCCUCAGCAGAGCAGGAGGAAGGAUCCAGUCAGGAUGGCGCAGAUCACAGCAGCAGACUGGCAGGAUGCAGCGCAGUGCCACUUCCUGAGCAGAGAGUUCAUACGCAGAACCAUCCAGGCACAGAGGAGAGACCAGCUCCUCUGAAGCUGGAGUUCAGCUUUCACAGCCAUCCAUCUUUUACUGGGGAUUCAAUCUCCUCUUCUACAGGAAGUGUUGGAAAAAGCUUCAGUGUGAAAACUUGCUUUAGUCCAUCAGAGCCGAAGUACAAAAGCUGCAGUUUCAAUUCGAAGGAGCUUCCCAUCUCACAUCAGUCCCAAACUUUUUUAUCAAGCUCAUUUGCUUGGGAUGAUUUGCCUUUCUCUGAAAGUCUGUCCGAAUUUUUGUGCAAACAAGACAAAGAUUUAAAUGUUCUCAGUAAAACGACAAAUUUAAAUUUGCAACAUGAGAAACAAACGACAGGGACCUUUGCGAAAAUCGCAAACCAGUCAGCUGAACCAGCUUCUGCUUGUCUGAAUGCUGCAGAGAUAAUCUUCACAGACCACCUCCAAGAUAUCACUAAUACGCCAACAAUAGAUGGAGAGGGAAAACAUAUUUCAUCUGAUCGAGACUGGAAGAGCUGUGGCGACCGCCUGAGCGGACCUGACGACAACAUGAUCCUGAGAUAUGAUGAAGGUUUUUUAUCUUUUGAAAAUCAAGAAGAGCAAAAUGAAGUGGACGGUUACGACUGUUCAGCUGACUUAUUCGGUGACUCAUUUGUACACCCAGCAACAACUCGUACACACACCGGGAGAUCACCUUCAGAUUCCUGCUUCCGGUUUGAUGAGAUGAAUGUUCAGCACGUAAAGAACGAAGCCUCGAGUGUGUCACAUUCAACGCCUGACAAACAGAAACUAAAAAGCAAUCUGUGCGCUAAAAGGUAUUCUAUAGCUCUACAAGAUUUUGACUUUGUUCCUCCUUCUCAGUCCACUCCCAUUGUAAAAGUAGGUGGAACGACACGAUCGCCUGCAAUCUCUUCCUGCAGAAGUUUGAAAGAUGAGACAUCAAAAGAAAAUUCAAGGUGGAGAAUAAGAUCCAGGAGGUGGAAGAGCAGAAUAACUCCAGGAAGGAGAUUCAAGGAGGAAGAGAAAUGUAAAAAAAGACAAUCAGAGGGGCAGCAGGUAGCGUGGCAAAGAGGAGCAACGAGUGUUGAGUCAGCCAGUCCAACCAGUCCGAAACAUGACUCUGAAGCGAGCAAUGUGACUAUUUGUGAUUAUGACAAAUCAGAGGGAAUUGUUCCUCCUACUCCAGUUCAUAAAAUGCUGUUUAAUGUCUCAUUCAGAAAAAAAUGGCAGACGGAAAAUAGCUGCAGGGAUUCAGGUUGUAACUUGAGACGAUUUCCUGGAGAUGGAGGAACUGAUAGCAGAGCUCCCUGGGAUCUGACUCAGACAGUAUUUCAUGCUAAUGGGACAGAAAGUGAGAGAGAUCUUGAUGGAGCUAAGAAUCACCUCACUGAAGAUGGAAACCUUGCAUGUGACUGGUCUAUGGAUUUAUUUUCAGACUCUUAUCUGAUUUCAUAACUCUGCAAAAACCAAAAAAAUAACUUAUGUGUUAAAAAUCAACAGCUGUCUCCUCUUUUUCUCUCUUAAUGAGCUAAUUAAAUAUUUAUUUUACUUCAACAUGCUUUUAUUACAUGCACUAAAGAUCGGCUCUCAUUUUAUAAGUUUUUUUUAAGUCAAUUAAUAUCCUACAUGUAAGCUUUCUUUGUUUCUUAUGAGUUAUAUUUAAAAAUCAAGUGUUUUCUUUGUUGAAUUAUGCCGAACAGAUGAGGUUUUUUAGUUCUUUUGUUUGCUCCAUCAUAAUAAUUUUUAAAUAUUGAUAACAGUUUUUAAAAUAUGAAUUUGUAAUACUAUUACAUCAUAGUUAUUUUAUAAAUAUUAACAAAAAAUUAGUAUCCAAAAUAUGCAUAUUGCUAGAUGCGUUUGUGAAUAUGUAUUUACUGCUGAGAGGGAGGAGAUAGCAGUUUAACAAAGGGGUUAAAUACGUAACAAAGGGGUCAAAUACGUAACAAAGGUCCUCUUUUAGAAAACAAACAAACAAUUUGGACAUGUGUUCAUCACCGGACCAACUAAACCCUCCCUCACUGCUAAACUCUCUGUAGUGUUUAAUGAAUCCUGCCCUUCUUGGCAGCAACCAGACCCGGUGCUAUUCUGGGUUCCUCUGUGUGUGUGUGUGUGUGUGUGUGUGUGUGUGUGUGGG